AUGAAAUUCACCUUCGCCACUAUUUUCGCCUUCGGUCUAAUUGGUACCACCGUGGCUGACAACUUUGCCAACUUCUUCAGUGACGAGGAUUGCAAUGAAGACGGGUCAAUCGGGUUUGAUAUCAACAACCCUGGAUGUUUCGCUCAAUCAGGUAGACACUCUGUCUACAUUCCCAACAACGGUAAUCCUUUCAGUUACCAGCACUGUCUUGUUCAGACCUAUGAUAGUGGGGAAUGCAAUUGUCAAAACGCUGGAUAUGACUUCGGGGCUUCAGGAUAUUGUCAUAAAUUAGAUGGUAAAGCGAAAUCUUAUCGAUUUAUUAGCGGAUUCUGCGAUGAUAAUAAUUGUUGA